AUGAGCUCCGUUAGCUCCGAGGUGGACCGCCGAGUUGUACCGGACGUGGCUACAGCGUUGCUUACUGUCAAAAUUGGAGAUGUCUCACGUACAUCUCGCAAGCAUCUGGCAAUUAUCACCUUUGGUUUUCUAUUGUCGGAAGGGCUCGAUGUAUUCCGUGCCAAAGCAGAUUCGUGCACGGAUAAGGCACUGGGCAAUGUCCAGGGCGAAUGCCAUGUGCGCGAAGACCAGGCGAUCUAUAUGCGCCCGGGCGCUUACUCUAAACAGGCGGAGCUAGUGGAGAUCACGUCUAGUAACUUUGAAAGUCGUGUGGCCAGGAGCUACAAAAAUUACCUCAAACGUAAGACGGAUGAGCCGUUCCAGUGCGAAAUCUACGUGUACGUCAAAAAGGUUGCGCUGCCAAGACGUCGACGAGUGAAGGAGGCAGUUGUUACCACUGCAAUAGCAGAGCAAGUAUUGCAACAUGGAGACUUUACACAGAGCGAACGAUUAGCUGGUGAAAUGUUGGGGCCUGGUACUGUUGUCUCGAAAGACGUGCUGGGAUGUAAGCGGAAGCGGUCAGUGGGCUCCGAAGAGGAAGAGGAGCACGAGACCCUGCAGGAACAUCAUGUCGAUGACAGUUACUAUCGGACGGUGCGGAUGAUUAUGAACGGGGCUGUCGUGCCGAUGCAAGUCAAUAUGCAGGAUUUACUUGUCUGCUUUGCGUCAUUUCAGCAGCAAACGCUGUUUAACUCCACUGGUGAAGAUGUUCUCCGUGACCACGACCAAGGUGCCCAUUAA